ACUGUAUUGACUGACUAUAAACGUAUGUACAUUAACAGUAGCUUUGCUGUCUAUUCUAAUUACUACUUUAAUGCCAGUCGUGCUUUUGACUGAAAUUAAGCAUGGGAGCGUGUGUAACCCGUCGUGUGAAACUGUACAUAUUUCAGACGUUCAGGUGCUUAAGAGUUCGUUUCUUCUUCUCUGGUGCAGAGGCGAUAUUUCACAUUUUUAGUCAUGCUGGCGCUUUAAGACAGCAGGAUCUUGAUGUCUGAAGGAGGGACUAGGGCCCUGCAUUUCUAGUCUGACGUGUGCAUUAAGAGAUAGGGGUUAGGGAGCGUGCAAUUUGGAAAGGAUGGGGAAGAGGGUAGUUCCGUGCUGCAAAACGCAAUGUUUCGACUGUGGAAUCUUCCUUGAGUGUUCGGUUCCACGGCCCGACGCGUUCAUUGUGUCGCUGUUUCUUAUAUGAUUUUCGCGUGAAAUGGACCUACUUGUUCCGUAUUAGGCGUGGUAAAAAGAAACACAACACAAGGAAGAUAACCGGUUUUUCGUACUGCGGGGCUAAUAGUUGGGGCAGGGUUUGGAAUUUCUUCUGCCUUUGUUGUAAGGAUUCGUGUGUGGAGUGACGUUUUUUUUUGCUAAAGUAUCUUCACAGAGGUUUGCGACCACGCCUACAUGGUUGUGGACUCGAAACGCCUGGUUUUUCAGUGAGGCUGGUAGGUGGGAGGACUCAGGAAGUUGACAAGGAAGGAAAAGAGCCCUCGUACGUGUGAAAGGUCGUGGGCACCGCGUACAGUCAUCACAUGUAAAACGUUUCGCUUAUUUUGUGCUUCUUUGUUUUGUCAUGAACAGGACCCAGUUGAAGCGUUCGAAAAUUUUGAAAAUGGCCCUUAUGCAGUCUGAUUCUUUGGACCAAGAAGGAAAAACGGAUUCUUUCUUAAUGAAAGCCAUUAAAAUAGCCUUAGUGGUUGCUCUUUAUUGGUUCAUAUCAAUUACCAUGGUUUUUCUAAAUAAAUACCUUCUGGACAGCCCUGCCUUAAAACUGGACGCCCCUCUGUUCGUGACAUUUUUCCAAUGCUUCGUGACUGUGGGGCUUUGCUGGUGUAUGAGUCUGCUGUCCAGGUUGUGUCCGACGUCUGUGGAGUUCCCGUCUGUCAAACUCGACCUCAAGAUGUCCAGAGAGAUCCUGCCCUUGUCUGUUGUGUUCAUCGGAAUGAUCACAUUCAACAACCUGUGCUUGAAAUAUGUCGGGGUGGCAUUCUACAAUGUUGGGAGAUCGCUGACCACUGUAUUCAACGUGUUAAUGUCCUAUUUAAUUAUCAAGCAAACCACGUCUUCCUAUGCCUUACUCUGCUGUGGAGUCAUAAUAGGAGGCUUUUGGUUAGGUGUGGAUCAAGAAGGGGCAGCCGGGUCACUGUCCUGGACAGGAAUCAUGUUUGGAGUUCUUGCCAGCCUGUGCGUUUCACUCAACGCCAUCUAUACCAAGAAAGUGAUGCCGGUCGUGGAUGGCAGCAUAUGGAAACUAACCUAUUAUAACAACGUCAACGCCUGCUUCCUGUUCAUUCCCCUCAUUGUGGUCUUUGGGGAAUUUAAAACACUCUUCUACUUCGACAAAUUAGACAGCUGGUACUUUUGGGGUAUGAUGACCUUGGGAGGGGUCUUCGGCUUUGCUAUUGGCUAUGUCACUGGCCUUCAGAUUAAGUUCACAAGUCCAUUGACACACAAUGUGUCAGGCACUGCAAAGGCUUGUGCUCAGACAGUCUUGGCUGUUAUCUACUCUGAGGAUACCAAGAGCCUUUUGUGGUGGACUAGCAACCUAAUGGUAUUGGCUGGCUCUUUUGCCUAUACCUGGGUCAAAGGACUGGAAAUGAAGAAACUUCAGCAAGACCCACAGACUAAAAGCACUACUGCCAAAAAUGACUCAGGUAUUUAGAGUGCAGACCAGGAGCCAUAUAUGUGAUGUGAAACAUGUGAUGAGUCUCCAAAGUGCUUUUUGGAUCUUUUCUAUUGUGAAUUGUACAACUGAUGCUCAGACUGCAAGAAGGAAAAGCCCUGGCAUCAAACUGUGGAUGAAAAAGAAGAUUUCUGAACUGUUUAAACCUGUUUGUUUGUUUUGUAGUUGUAAAAUUACUUUAGCUAAAGAAAAAAAAUAUUUUUUAAGUUUCUUUAAAAGUCUGUAAAUAAAGAACAUUUUAAGAGGUGUGUAAGAUAUCUCUUUAUUUUAAUGACUAGUUGUGUAAUAUUUCUGUCCAAGCAAAGUAAUAAAUCAAAUAUCUAAAACGAACCUUGAAAAGUA